AUGACCAAUUCCGAAGCAGCUGCGCCGGUGCGGAAACGCGGUCGACCUCCAAAAGAAGGCGGUCCAGUACCACCCAAACCUGUCGUCUUGGGCCCCGAUGGCCAGCCUAGGAAGAGAGGACGUCCGCCAGCGGAUGGAGGAGUAGCAAAGUCCAAGACCAAGCCUGUUGUUCUAGAUGCCUCGGGCCAACCAAGGAAAAGAGGACGGCCGCCAAAGACGGACGGACAAGCAGCACCUAAACCCAAGACCGCCGUUCAAUCUACAUCAGAUCAGCCAGGGAAGAGAGGGAGACCGCGCAAAACGCCAGUGGGUGAAGCUGCGGUCAAGGCCGACGCGCAGGGCACUCCUACGCGCGGACGAGGGCGACCUAGAAAGAACCCUGUUGAUGCAGGUGAUGAAACUCCCGCAAAGACGGCUGCAAAGGCCAAUGGAACACCCAAGGACACACCUGGAAGGGGGAGGGGGAGACCUGCUGCAAACCCUCUGAAGAAAUUCUUGGGCACUUACGCUAUAGAAUGCCCUACCAUUACGGAAGAGUGGCCAAAAGAGGCAGAGGAUAUGGAGAUAUCUAUCAGCACCUCCGAUUUGGAUCCUAACGGCCUUAUCGCGUCUUUUGACUUGGGAAUAGUGGAAGGCACUAUGCUACUGGCUACGACUGAAGAAGCAUUGGAUGCUUUCCAAGAUAAAGUGGAGAAGGGUGAAGACAGCUCUGAGGAAGAGUCUAAUGAGGACGAUGAGAGCGACGAACCUCCACCCAAAAAGAUCAAAAGCACACUUGAUAAUGGGGCCAUGAAACUCUACUUCAAAUGGCGAGGCCGCGAAACAAGUGAAGGUCAAAUCCACAAUGGUGAUGGGAAUUCAGGCACUAUAGAAUUCCUUGACGACAAGGCAAUACAAUUCAAAGGCGUAGGAAGCUUUCCUGCGAUGGGAGCCGAAUGUAAAUUCACGGGGACGCGAUUUGAUAACGAUGCCGCUGAAGCUCCUGUACCCUGGAGCGAAUUUUCAGAUGCCAAAGCUGAAGAAGCUAAUAAAAACAGGUGGCGAUGA